GGCACCUGCGCCGAAUUCAGCUUCUUUUCAUGGUUUGAAUUUUGGAGCGCCAGUUCAUACAACACCAGUUGUUGGUGCCUCAUAUGCCGGACAGUGGCCAAUUUUCCCGACGCCAAUCACUAACUCAGAUUACAUUCGUCCAGCAGUCGUAGCAGCAGCAGCAGCAGCAGCAGCAGCAGCAGCAGCAGCAGCAGCAGCAGCAGCAGCAGCA